CGAACUUGACGAAACAACCUGGUUUCACAAAACCGCUAAUCGCACCUCAAAACCCACCCUCUCUCCCCCAAGAUAUAUACGCAAUACCCACGGUACGUUCCACACACCCAACCACCUGAGAGAGGCGAGGCAAAGCAAAGCAGCCAUAGCUCUGAGAAAUCUCUCUCAAUUUCUUGCCUCCGCCAAACACAACAUAGAGAACUAAAAGAAGAAAAAGAAGAAGGGGGAGGCCAUUGGAGAAGCGGAAGGAAGGAAUUAGCAGAGAGAGAGAGAGAGAGAGGCGGUUUGAGGAGCUCGCUCGAUCGAUCUGCAUACAUCUCUGCUGAACUGCUCGGCCUCUGAUCUGGUGCGGUGUGGAGCUUGAUCAAUCCGGCUGGAUCGGGAAGGCAGAGAGAGCAGAGAAUGGGGAGAGGGAGAGUGCAGCUGCGGAGGAUAGAGAACAAGAUCAACAGGCAGGUGACGUUCUCGAAGCGGCGGUCCGGUCUGCUGAAGAAGGCGCAUGAGAUCUCUGUUCUGUGCGACGCGGAAGUGGCUCUCAUCGUCUUCUCCACCAAGGGGAAGCUCUUCGAGUACUCUACGGAUUCCUGCAUGGAGAGGAUCCUAGAACGUUACGAGAGAUACUCCUAUGCUGAGAGGCAGCUUCUUGCCAAUGACACUGAAACAUGCGUGAGUACUACAACCAAGUUGGUAUUGGAAUAUACAUUGCUGGUUUGUUGCCCAGGACAUCCGGGAACCAAGUGUAUAUAGGUAGCUGGACUCUAGAAUAUGCAAAGCUCAAGGCUAGGAUUGAAGUCUUGCAAAAGAAUCUAAGGCACUACAAUGGACAAGAUCUGGACUCGCUAAGCCUUAGGGAACUUCAAAACCUGGAGCAACAACUUGAUUCUGCUCUUAAGCACAUUCGUUCAAGAAAGAACCAACUGAUGUAUGAAUCCAUCUCAGAUCUUCAGAAAAAGGACAAGGCCCUCCAGGAGCAGAACAACCAACUGGCAAAGAAGGUGAAGGAAAGGGAGAAGGAAAUAUGUGAGCAAGGAGAGUGGGAGCAGCAAGACCCAUCUUCUCUAGUUCCUCAACAGACCACCCAUGGCACCCUGGAUUUACCUUCUACUACUACAAACAAUAACGUUGCCCAGCAGCCAUUACAGCAUCCUCUUGACAUAAUAAGUGGCGGAAGCGGCAGCGGAGGCGUUUAUCCUGCGAGAGGUAGUGGAGGAGCGGAAGAAGGAACUACGUCAUCCGGUAGUCGAGCCAAUGCGCUCCUGCCACCGUGGAUGAUGGGCCACCAUAUUAUUAUUAUUAUUAUAUACAUAAUAAUAUGCCUGGAAAAGGCGCAGAGAACAACUUCUAUUAUAGGCUAUAGCCCUUUCAACUUAUUUAUUAAAAUUUUGAUUUUAUGUUGUUCUUAUAUAUAUAUAUGCAUGCUUUAAUUCGAGGUAUAUGUAAGCUUUGAUCGCGAGCGGACGUCGCCGAUGUGUGUGUGUGUAUGUAAUUUUAGUAUUGUAUAUACGCCGAGUCAUCAUCCAAGUGCCUAUAUCUAUAAACUGGAUGUAAAUUGAGAUUGGAGAUGUUGUACCAGAAUCGCUUUCCUCCAUGCAUGCUAGAUUAUUACAUCACCUUUAAGAAUGGUUUUAGUUUCUUAGAGAUUUUAUGAUUUUUUUGUUUUCUAAAG